AUGGACAAUGCCGCUGCUACUAAAACAUCAAUUCCCUCUUCGAAUCUAUCAGAACUCAUCUCUAGAUUCGCUAAAGUCUGUAAAUUUAGAUCCAUUGGUGUGUUUUCUGACCAGAAACCGAUUUGUGAAGUUGAAAUCUUUGAGGAUGAUAAAGCCAAGGAAACUGAAAUUGGCUUAAGUAAUUGCAAACCCUCGAGAAAGAUUCGAAAUUUUCGUUUGGAUGAUGAUGAUGAGAUUUCGAAGCUGUUCGACAUUGUUUCAACGCUUAAGCUCGCUUAUCUUGAUUUUCAACAAGCUCAUUUGCCUUAUGAUCCAGACAAGAUCAUAGAAGCAGACAAACUCGUCGUGUCUCAGCUCGAGGCCUUACGCAAAAUCAAGCGUCUCUACCUCAAAACGAAACUACUCAGUGCGAAAACCGAGCUUGUUGAUGAUGCAUCGUCUUGUUUGGAUCGAUUGAGAGAUGAAAUUGAAGUGAAUGAGAAGCAAUUGGAGAAACUCAAAGCACAAGUGGAAACAAAGGAGAAUGAGAUUCACUCUCUGAAGGAGAAACUAGACUGUUUGUUUGAUGAGAAUAGGAAACUCAAAGAGAGGAUUGUAAGUGUUUCUUCGUUUGAAUUCGCGUUUAGUGCUGCUUCUAAGUCGAUUCACGACUUUGCAAAGCCAUUAAUCACUCUGAUGAAAGCAACAGAUUGGAAUUUGGACAAAGCAGUGGAUUCAAUUGUUGGAAAAGUACGAUAUGCUAAACACUCAGAUAAGAAGUAUGCUUUUGAGUCAUACAUUGUCCGGAGAAUGUUUCAUGGCAUCAAGCUUAAUCCGUGUGAUGUGACCGAACUGAUGAGGUUUGAUGAUCCACUGGACGCGUUAACAGCGUAUCCAGAUUCCGCGUUUUCAAGAUUCUGCGGUCAGAAGUAUCUUCUAGUUGUUCAUCCGUCGAUGGAGGCUUCCUUCUUCGGGAAUUUGGAUAUGAGGGCUCUAGUUUUGCUCGGUAAGCAUCCAAGAACCAUGUUUUAUCGAAUCUUUGCGAGAAUGGCAAAGUGGGUAUGGAUUCUUGGAUCGUUUGCAGCAUCCUUAGAUCUCAAAGCUAACAUCUUUGUGGUCAGAAGAGGAACCAGAUUCUCUAGUGUCUACAUGGAAUCUGUAGUGGAUGAUGAAAAAGAAGAAAGACAAGGCGAUUUAAGCGUUGAGUUCAUCACAAUGCCUGGGUUUAAAAUUGGAGAUACAGUGGUUAAAUCUCAUGUUUAUCUUUCGAAAACAUAA